AUGUCAGUGCCGUUUGCAUUUGUUCCGCGACAAGUCUCUCGACCUAUGAAAGUUCAAGGAACGGAACCUCCCAAGACUCCAUCCGUCGUACCCCAGCGCGCACGAUCGCCCUCAUCAGUGUCCGACUCAGAGGAUGACUCCAAGGCACCCGAAGCCGUCGUGACAGACAAGGACAAGAAGGGCAAGCAGCGAGCAGUCGACAGUCAUGCUCAUGACGUUGGCAGAGACAUCGCAGCCCUUGCGUUGCUCGCCCUGUCUGACUAUAGGAUCUGGUCAGAUGCUGAUCUGCGAAGCAAACUGGACGAUUGUCUGAACACCAGCGAUACUUCAACAGCAGGGUUUGUACCCGUAAAUUAUCUCAUACGGCGACCACCGUUCCGUGGGUUCCUGCCGGCAGAGCCAUCGGAGGUAGGGGUUGUGAAAGCCCUCCGGUCGUAUGCCAACGACACACUGGAAGUGCGCAUGCUCGUCUCAGCACCGUCUUCAUCUGUUUGGUAUGGUACCGGUAAAACCUCGAGAAAGAAGGACGUCGGCGGAUACGAAGUUCGCAGGAAGGAUUGGGAAACGUUACUAGACCAUCCUUUGCGCCAUCUUAGCCCUGAGCAGUGGGAUGAGAGAACUUUGUAUAUGGAGUGCGUACCUACGCAGUACCGUAGCCUCGCUGGGAUCGCACGAUUUACUCAGGCCCUUCUACCUUUACCGCCGUCUUCGCGAGUACACAUUCAAAAUGUUACGCUACCUCCACACUACCUCGAUAAACCAGGGGAUAUCCCAAAAUGUAGGGGGUACGCGCUGGUCACAUUCUCUACUACUGAACAGCGAGAUGCGCUUCUCCACGUGUGGCCGUGGAAACGAGGCGUUUGCGACAUCACUGACCAUGGAACACCUGAAGUGAAAGAAGCACAGAGAUUCGGGUUUCGGACCAUAUCCAAGACGCGGUGGGAUCAGCUAAAUGAGGAGUACAUCGCCUACAGGCAACAACUCGUGGACGAAAUCUUUGAGGCAAGCAAACAUGCACCAUCAAACCAUCGUUCAGACAUCCCUUCGGGGACAGAUGUGUCCACACGUGUUCGGCCGGAAGAUGAAGGCUUUCCUACCCAUGCUCUCGCCUCACGGCCGCCAGGUGGUACUCCAAAAACGACAAUUGCAUCUCCGUAUCCAUAUGGAUGCUUAAUUUUCGUCCGGAACAUCCACUCGGGGACAAAUAAAACAACCCUCAAAACUCUGUUUGCCAAAGCGUUUGAAGGUAAGGGGAAACUCACCGGUCUCGACUAUGUUGACUUUAAUAAGGGCAUGGACUCGGUUCGUCCUUUCCAGUCACUCAUCUGCCCUUGCGUGAAACUGAGCAAAAAAUACCAGUGUUAUCUCCGCCUAACAUCUCCGAACCAUACUGCCGUUCUAACUGAACACUUUACACGGCAUCCAACCGUCCAAGCCACUGGUCUCGACGACACCGGUAGGGCACCCAGCGAAAAUGAAAGGUCCAUCAAAAUGGAACUUAUUGAAGGUAAAAAAGAAGAAUUAUAUUGGAAGAACAUUCCGGAGAAAGUCUGUCGUCAAGCUGUUGAAAAAGCCCUGGAGUCUGAACAACCCAUUGACGUUUCCUGUCCGAACGCCUCUAUGUCGGGUGGUACUGCAACUACUCGAGGCGCAAAGAAGCGCAAACGCUAGCGCCCAAGUAAUGAGUAGCCAGCGAACUACUAACAUUUCAUUGCUAAAGCCAUGUACAUGGACGUAGUGUAUUCCAUCCAUCUUGUCGUUACAACUGGCGAAACCGUGGCCUGUGAAUAAUGCCCAGGGGAAAAAAAGUACACUGAACUUAAAGCAUGUAGGUAUCGAUCAAGAAGAUAGUGGUGGCUGUUUUCAACAUUAUUCCGUGGAAUAUUUUGCAAAUAUAAAAACCUGAAAGAAAGUCAUCAAAUAUGAAUGUAUGUUACCUCACGCCUUC